AAAAAACCCCUGCCGUCUAGCGAGAGUUGGUGUUGGCUUUGUGAGAAAAAAACAUGGACCGACUGCCCUUACACUUCGUUCUGCUCCAGCUCUGUCUCCCUAUGCUCAUGAGAUUCUGCCUCGCAGCAUUUCAUCCGCAGUGCGGAGCCGAGCAGCUCCAAAUGAUGGCUGAUACUGUCAAAAACACUUACAGAAUCAUCACAGUACCAUGGAUACGCCGGCGGACUGCAGGCAUCCUGCGCAUGGUCAUCUGCAUGUCCUUCCUAUGGUUCCACAAAGUCAAUCCCAGUGAUUGUUUUACUGCUACAUCGAAUUCAGCUGCCACUACGUUUGAUCUACACGAAAAUCUAACGACUAGCACUGAUUAUGUCUGGCUUGUUAAUAACACUGUUGUGGCAAGGGAAGAUCAACAUCACCCAAUGGUUCUCAGUAGCAGUCCUCGUAGCAUCACUUUCAAAACCUGCUAUGUCAAUGUUUCAUACAGAAAUGUCUUUAAUGGGAAAGUAAUCAACUGUCCACCAUGCACCAACAAGACAUCAUCAGAGUCAGCCUCCAGGAUCACUGGAAAGAUUAAUGCCAUUAUACUAAUUUUCUAUUAUAGCUUGGUAUUUAUGUAGUAAAAAAAAAAUGACAGAGACUGUGUUACUGUCAUUACUUUCUGAAUAAUUAAAAAGCUUUUUAAAAUGACACAGCUCUUUUCUUUGUCUUUAGGUUAUGGCCAGACUGUAACAGUUACUCAGUUACUCAUAGUUUCCCAAAACAUUUAUUCUGAAACAAACCACUGCUAUCUCACUCAUUAGAAGGUUCUUCAACACGAAUCCUGCUGUAACAGCAUUCAGCUCUUGUCAUGUCAUGCCACAGCAUUUCAGUUAGGCUAAGGUCAGGAAUUAGGAAAAUGACUGAGCCAUUUUAAAACAGAAAAUCUCUUCUUACUGAGUCAUUCUUUUUCUUUUUUUUUUCUGGUCACUUGCAUAGUAAUUACAGUAAUGACAGUGUAAGCAUUUCCAGCAAUCAGAAAUCAAAUGCUUUUGAUUUACUUGUUCCAACCAUGAUUCUUAACUGGAGGUUUUGGUCUACUAGAAUCUACUUUUGUGUACUAGAUUAGAAACACUGUGGAUUUUCAUGGUUUAUGUGCCGUAACAGAUAUUCAGUUACUCAUGUAGCUUCCCAAAACAUUUAUUAUGAAACAAAACAAACCACAUUGCUAACUCACUCAUUAGAAUGUUUUUUAACACGAAUCCUGUUUUAACUAUCAUAGUACAUAAACCUGUUUGUAAAUUAAUGAGUAACUUAACCCAUUCAUUUUUUAUUAAGUGACUCCACAAAACCUCUAAAGGUGUGUGUUGCAAUCUGCCACCAAGAUGUUAAAUGCAGAGCCUUUGUUUCAUUUAAUUGUGAGGUAGAGCGUACAUGGAUCAGACUAGUUUGUCCAGCACAUCCCACAGAUGCUUGAUCAGAGGCCAAGUCAACAUCCUGAACUCUUUCCAAGAGUGCAUCAUGUUUUUUUAACAAGAACUCUAGCCCCAUUAAAUUACUUCACAGUGCUUUUGUAAGACUACUAACAGUGUGUAGAGAACUCUUUAAAACUCAAAACUACCUCUUAUGAUUUAUUUAUAAAGCAGUUCAGGUACCAGCAUGAUUCAGAUAGAUCAUCUACCUAAAGCUAAGAUGUCACUGUGCAAUGUUAGUAUAUCUUUAUCUAUAUGUGUGUCAAUACAUUAAAUAUUAUUUACUGUCUUUCACUUAUACCUAUAAUAAAAACAAGAAAGAGUAACCCUCAAGUAAACAACAGGGGUUAGAUCAGACCAGGAGUGUCAUUUUCCAAAGAGUCUAUAAAAAAGCGUUUGAGUUUGGUACAGUGAAGUUCUUUUGCACAAACUUAUAAUUUUAGUAGUAGACAUUCACAGGGGUAAUUUAUUUAAUUUAUCUACUGCCAUGUCUAUAGGGAGAAACCAGAGAAAUUGUAGUUAAGCCACAUGAACAUGGGGAGAACAUGCAUAGAAAGUGGACACAGAAAAUAAAACAAACUCAAACCAGAGACUGUGGAGCUGUGAGGCAGCAACAGUUUCUCACUGCAACAGUGAUGUAGGAUUACUGAGUUUGUAAAAUAUUUUGCAUAUUAUCUAAUAGUAUACACAGUUGUAGUAGUUGUAGUGAAUUUAGUAUACUAUUGCAAACAGUUUAAUAUAUUUUGUAGUUUAGAACUGUACUAUUUUUAAUACUAUUUUUCAUACAAAAGAUUACUGCAGUUAAUUAAAUCAUAGUGCUGUUAUUUUUGCAAAUAAAAUAUUAAUUUUAUAUAUUGAUAUAAAGAGUGUAUCUUCAGUGUCUUUGCCUCAUAGGUAAUUAUAAGGCUAGAAAAAAUGUAACUGCUGCUAUGAUCAACUACUGCUAUUGGAUGUGUAAAUAUGUUUACAAGAAUUAUUUUGUUUGCACAAUGGUCCACACAGAUUGUAUACAGAUCAGUGCUAUUAAUAUAUCUGUCCUGUAGUGUAGGGUUGUCUGUCUGCACUUUCUCUUAUCUUUCACUGUCUUUUGUCUUGCACAGACUGCCCUAGGUUGCACACUAUGCACUGUAUGGGGCUAGGCUUAUUUUUUAUUCCUAGUUCCUAGUUCAAGAGCAAUUGGCUAAGCCAUUAUUUAUCAAUCUUUUAACAAAGUUCUAAGUGUUAGAAUAACCCCCAAAAAAUAAAAGAAACUCAGAAGA